CACCUGUACAAUGGCCUCGUUUUCCCUCCCUCCCAUCAAUAGCAAUCCAGAUGGCAGCUGGGGCCCGUCAUCCUCGAAUUUGCCUAAAAAUUAUAAAUUCAAAGAUAUUCCUUAUGCCCCAUAUUCAAAAUCCGACAAACUAGGCCGUUUUGCGGACUGGAACGACUUCUCGGGAGACAAUCGCCAGGCCAAUGCUGGAAUUUCGGCUCCAAAUGCUCGGCAAGGGGGACGUGGUCGUCGUGACGGUGCUCAGGCGUUUGGAAGUGGAGCACAGAGUGCGUUUGCUUUCCAGGUCGAAGACGAAUCCAGCUUCUCUCUAGUCGACAACAAGACUAGCGCGCCUCGCAGGGGCGGGGGUUUCGCAAGAGGCAGAGGUGCCGCUCGCGGGGGUGCCUGGAAUGCUCGUGCACCUCAGAGGCCCUCCCGUGGCGGAUUCAAUGCAGGACGUGGUGGUGGCGGCCAGAGAGGUGGAAGAAGGAACUGGAGGGAUUGGGACAAGAACAAUCGUACUCGCGAGUCAUCGGUUGCCAUUGAUCCGAGCUGGCACAUGUUAGAGGAGAUCGAAUUCCACCGUCUCUCGAAGCUGAGGCUUGAAGUCGAUGAGCCGGAAGAUAUCGAGUCGUACGGACGUCUAUUCCCCUACAACAAGGCCUACGAUCGCAUUUCGACCAAAACGGAGCGUCCUCUUCAGCCUGUGGACCGUAUCAAAUACAACACCACUACUUCAGAUGACCCCGUCAUCCAGCAACUUGCUGCGAAGGGCACCGCUACUGUCUACGCAACGGAUGCAAUCAUCAGCGUUCUCAUGUGCGCACCUCGAUCGGUCAAUCCAUGGGACAUCGUCAUCCUCAGAGAAGGGGACAAGAUCUUCUUUGACAAGCGUGACGGCGGAUCCUUCGAUACCGUGACCGUCAACGAGAACGCCGCUGAUCCUCCUCAAGAUCCUACCGCGCCCAAUCCAAACAACCCCAACGAGAAAGUUGCGGAGGUUGCGUCCAUCAAUACCGCGACUUCGUUGUCGCUCGAAGCGACGUAUAUCAAUCAAAACUUUGGCUUCCAGUCCGUGUCAGAAGCGCCGCCGCCUCCUCCGAUCGACUUUGAGAAGCCGAAUCCCUUUUAUGGGCCUGAUGAGACUGAGCCACUCGCGUCUUGCGGUUACCGUUACCGUGUUUAUGAUCUCGGUAUCACGGAGGAUGAAGACAUCAAGAUAUGCAUCCGUACCGAAGUCGAUGCGUAUAUGCCAGGCAGUGGUAAUCCACUCGAGGGCCGUAGUCUCACCACUAUCCGCGCACUCAAUGAAUUCGACCCUCGUGCUGUUGGAGCAGGGGGUGCGCCUGAUUGGCGCCUGAAGCUCGAUUCGCAGCGUGGUGCUGUCGUCGCGACUGAAAUGAAGAACAACAGCUGCAAGCUGGCCAAGUGGACGGUGCAGAGUAUCCUUGCUGGUGCUGAACACAUGAAGAUUGGAUACGUCUCUCGGGCGAAUCCACGCGACAACACCCGGCACGUCAUUCUGAGCACUGCUUCGAUGCGUCCGACGGACUUUGCUGCCCAGCUCAACGUGUCUCUCGCCAACGGAUGGGGCAUCGUGCGGACUGUCACCGAUCUUUGCAUGAAAAUGCCAGAGGGUAAAUAUGUACUGGUCAAGGACCCAAACAAGCCUGUCAUCCGAUUGUAUACCGUCCCAAUGUCGGCCUUCACUGCCGAAGAAGAGGAGGAGGAAGUAGGCUCUGAUGGCGAAGAGCCUGAGGCUUAGUGCAUGUGACCCUCUAGCCUUCCUGUCGUUUGAAGUGUAGCUGAGAACGAAAACGAAAAGCUUCGUGAUGUGAAC